AUGAUUUUUGAAAAAAGAGAACCAAAAAGAAUUCAGUUUGCAAUUCAAGAUGAUGAUGAUGAGUUAAUUCAAUUUAUAAAAGAAUUUAAUAAAAGAAAAGAAGCUCAGCUAAUUCAAGCAGAAUCAAUUAGGCAACAAGAAGCUUUAGCAAAUAGAAAAAUAAAUGAUAAUCAAAUUCUUUGUGAUUCAAACGGAGUAUUGAUCAAUUCUAAUCAAAUAUUAGAUCCGUUAAAGCAUCAACCAAAAGGAAAACCACCAAUAAAAUGGUUAAAACCAUCUGUUGAAAAAUCAGGUUCAAAAGGUAAAGAUGGAAGCGAACAAGCAAUAUCUGAUAGAGAUCGAAAGUGUGGUUUAUGCGAAAAAAUAUGGUCAUUAUCGUAG